CGACAGCGGCGGCGCUUAUCAGCGGAGGGAGGGUCGGGGUCAGCUGCUGCAGGGCGGAGGGGCGUGGGGAGCUGUGGGCGGCCGCGCGUCUCCUGCCGUCGCCCUCCCUUCGCCACGAUGCCGGGGAUCGACAAGCUGCCCAUCGAGGAGACGCUGGAGGACAGCCCGCAGAAUGAACUGAGUGCAGCAACACACCUGACUUCAAAACUUCUAAAAGAAUAUGAGAAACAGCGUUUUCCAUUGGGAGGUGAUGAUGAAGUUAUGAGCUCUACCCUGCAGCAGUUUUCAAAAGUUAUAGAUGAGGUAAAUGUUUAUUUUAUUUUCCUUAAAUUAGUGGUCUUAUAAUUAAGUUACCCAGUCAUCAGAAGCAAGGAGGAAGAUUUUUCAGAAAUAUUGACAUUAAAGGAAGUGUUUCAGAUUGCUAGUAAUGAUCAUGAUGCUGCAAUUAACAAAUAUAGCCGAUUGUCCAAAAAAAGAGAAAAUGACAAGGUGAAAUAUGAAUUAACAGAAGAUGUGUACACUUCCAGAAAAAAACAACACCAGACCAUGAUGCAUUAUUUUUGCGCAUUAAAUACUCUUCAGUACAAGAAGAAAAUAGCAUUGUUAGAACCUCUACUUGGGUACAUGCAAGCUCAGAUAAGCUUCUUUAAGAUGGGUUCUGAAAAUCUCAAUGAACAACUGGAAGAAUUUUUAACUAAUAUUGGAACAAGCGUGCAGAAUGUUCGCAGGGAAAUGGACAGUGAUGUAGAGACCAUGCAGCAGACAAUAGAAGAUUUGGAAGUAGCCAGUGACCCGUUAUAUAUACCUGACCCAGACCCCACCAAAUUCCCUGUUAAUCGAAACUUAACCCGAAAGGCUGGAUACCUUAAUGCUAGGAAUAAAACAGGCUUGGUGUCAUCUACCUGGGACAGACAGUUUUACUUCACGCAGGGUGGAAAUUUAAUGACUCAGGCCCGAGGGGACGUAGCCGGAGGCCUGGCCAUGGACAUAGACAACUGUUCAGUGAUGGCUGUGGACUGUGAAGACAGGCGGUACUGUUUUCAGAUCACCUCUUUUGACGGAAAAAAAUCUUCAAUUUUGCAAGCAGAGAGUAAAAAGGACCAUGAAGAGUGGAUCUGUACAAUAAACAACAUAUCUAAGCAAAUAUACUUAAGUGAAAAUCCAGAGGAAAUUGCUGCUCGAGUGAAUCAGUCAGCUCUGGAAGCCAUCACUCCCUCCCCGUCUUUCCAGCAGAGGCACGAGAGCCUCCGGCCUGCAGGACAAUCUCGGCCACUGGCAGCUCGAACCAGCAGUUCAGGAUCUUUAGGGUCUGAGUCCACAAGUUUGGCUGCCCUCUCUCUAGAUUCGCUUGUUGCUCCGGACACCCCGAUACAGUUUGACAUCAUUUCUCCUGUGUGUGAAGAUCAGCCUGGCCAGGCGAAAGCCUCCGGCCAGGGAGGCAGGCGUACAAAUCCAUUUGGAGAAUCUGGAGGAGGUACAAAAUCUGAAACGGAAGAUUCUAUUCUUCAUCAGCUAUUUAUUGUCCGAUUCCUCGGCUCUAUGGAGGUGAAAUCAGAUGACAGUCCAGAUGUUGUUUAUGAAACAAUGCGCCAGAUCUUAGCUGCCAGGGCCAUCCAUAACAUCUUUCGUAUGACAGAGUCACAUUUAUUAGUCACUUGUGACUGUUUAAAGUUAAUUGAUCCACAGACACAAGUUACAAGACUCACGAUUUGUGAUUCUGUUGGACUGGCAAAACAGAUAGCCUUGCAUGCUGAACUGGAUCGUAGGGCAUCAGAAAAGCAAAAAGAAAUAGAGAGAGUAAAAGAGAAGCAACAGAAAGAACUCAGUAAACAAAAGCAAAUCGAAAAGGACUUAGAAGAACAAAGUCGGUUGAUAGCUGCUUCCAGUAGACCAAACCAAGCUGGUAAUGAGGGGCAGUUUGUUGUCCUUAGCAGUAGCCAGUCAGAAGAGAGUGAUUUGGGAGAAGAAGGAAAGAAGAGAGAGUCAGAAGCAUAAACUUAUCCUUGCUCUUUGGUUGAUAUUCCCUGCCCCCAACCCUGGAAUUUAAUGACAAUUUCUGGGGUGAAAUGGCACAAGGUAACAACUAUGUUGAAAUAUCAAGCAGAAGACUAAGCUUUAUAUUUGCUUGUUUGUUUUAGCUUCAUCUUUUAAAAUAAGAUUGAACUUGUGAUUUAGGUUUGUAUUCAUUUUUUUUCGUUAAAAGUAACAUACUAUGCAGUAACAUCAAAUUCCACAUGCCUAAAAGAAACUUGCUCAUCUCCCUGAAGUAGACUGCUGAGGAAUUAGACUUGCUCAAGACUUUUUCCCUUCAAAUUUUGAACUCUUUAUCGUGUUUUGUAACUGGCUCUGACCGUAAGAAAUCAAUUAUUCUUCGGCUUCAGAUAUUCGUGGGUAUGCUCCCUCUGUUUCAUUAAUAACAUUUUGCUGGCAGUGAGGAAGCUUUGGAUUGAAUAGGUUCAAAACGCUUUAUGUAGAGAAUUCUAAAAG